UAUCAAAUGACAUAUCAAAAUUAACAUGAAUAUGGAUUUUAUUUAAAAAUCUUUAUAUGUAAUAGUUCUGUGAAAUUUCUGUUGCGGUGUAAUGGCAUUUUAUUACUGACGACGAUGAUACGACCGCAAUACGUAGCUAGUCAUAGUGAAACAGAAAUACUUUAGUGUGGUGUUAAAAACGUUAUGGCUCAUAUACGAAUUAGAUAUUUUGUGUCGGUGAACAAAGAAGAAUUGAGUGAAAGAAGAAAUCGAAACAUAGAAAUCAAUAAAGGUGUGACAAUGAAAAAUAUUGAAUGCACAAUAAGAAAAUGACUGAAAGUCAUGUCUUUGUACUUCAUGCCCUAAUUGUUGCUGGCAUAAUUUUUGGGUCAACCAAUUUUAGUUUUGAUAAACAAAAAUGGAUUGUUGCCAUCGCGCGGUACAUAUUUUACGUACUCUUCAUUCGGGGAUCUAAAGAGUUGGUCACGCUGGGUUACAAGAUGCUCAGUUUGAAGCAGAACCCUGACCCUCGGCUGUUGGUGCAAGCUUACCAAACCUACCUGUACAUAUUCACCGCGGUGGCCGCCAUUUUGUUUUAUAACAACGAGAGAAUCUUCGGCGAGGAGUUUCUGAUGCUGUUCGUCGCGUACCUCGUCACCAAGUAUUUAGAAAUGGAGCAAGCGCCAACAUCAAUCCGGUACGGUAUCGGCAUGGCGUGUAGUUUCUUCGAGGGCUACCUCACGCACGUGAUCCCGAGCGACGGCGCCAACUUCGUCGGCUUCGAGGAGAACAUCAGGAAGUACGAGGCGACGGACGGCAUCGUCUUCCCCGUCAAGGUGCUGUUCAUCAUAAUCACCAAGUCGAUGUACUGCCCGCCCGUGCUGACGCAGUUCAACAAACCCAAUGCAGAGGGAGUCAUGUCGUACUUGGAGGCUUGUAAGUCGCUAGAAGACGUGACCAAGAGCGUGGCGGGCGUCAACAACCGCAUCUACCGGAACUCUGCGUACAAGAUCCACCGCGCGGCGCGCGCGCCCGUGUACCUCGCGGCCGAGUGCGCCACGCCGCUGCACACGCUGCACAAGGUGCUGCAGCGCCGCGCGCUCUACGCAGAACUAAAGAACAUCGACAUUGAAGAGGUGGUCCGCGACUUCUGCUACAUGCUGCGCUCCAUCAUCGCCAAGAGCGAGGAGUGCCGCGGGAAAUGCGAACUGGUCUACUUUGACAACACAAACCCAGAUUUAAAUCUAGCCGACGUUUUGCUGGACAAAAUAAGAGAAAUGGAACCCAACUUUGAAAACGUACAACAAAAUUGACAAGUUUCAACAUUUGACAGUGACAUUACAUUAGUGAUAAUUUUUUAAUCUAAAGAAUUAAUCUUUUUAAAGACUUUAUUUUAAUAUCUUUAAAGGUGAAAAUACACAUGCCAGCAGCUUGCUAAUUUGCGCGCCAGCUACUAGCAUGGAAGUAGUAGCAAUUCGAUUUACUGGUAUGCAACAUGAAGGAGAGCUUGCUAUUAUAUACACAUGGAAGUGCAAAUUACUGGAAUGCGUAUUACCGCCUUAAAAUAUGUCAAUUAUUAUGUGUGAUUAAACUAGAGAUAGAACUUGCUGACAGACAGACAUAACAAUAUAGUAAAAGGGUUUCUUUUUAACCUUACGGUAAGGAUCUCGAUAUUAAUAAUUGAAAAUAAUUUCGUUACGUAAAAUAUUUGUAAGCGAAUAGAUGAUUCAUCAACCUCUAAUUAUAUUUGGAAAUAUUAAAUAUUUUUGGAAGCAUUUAUAAUGUCGAUAUAAUUGAAUUGAUAAAUGAUAUAUUCCGUACAUAAUUACAUAGUACAAUACGGAGCCAUAUUUGUAAUUGAUAGUGAUUUAAGCUAAAUCGGUUUAAAAAACCCUAAAACGUAAACUUAAGUCUCGUAAAGGCGGAAUAUUCAAUUGCAUUUUGUAAUUAUCGCUAAUAAAAAAAAAUAUUGAUAAACAUGAGAUGGCGCUAGUGUGCAGGUUUGCGUCCUCUUAUAGUGUUGUGAUUUUAACCUACUUAAUAAAAACGAAGAUUGUGAUAUUUUCGUAAAAUGCUUCUGGAUACCCCGUCUUGCUGUAAGUACCAAAGGUACCUUAUUUUAAUUGCGUGUUUGUUUCUUACCAUAAUCCCGCAACGUUGACUUUAUUGUGCCCUUGUUGAUUAAUAGAAUCUUGAAAUUAAUAUGUACGAAUUUUCUACUUGAAAUAUAUAAAUAAGUUAAUUUAUAUUUUAAAAAACAAAACGUAAAAUUGUUAAUUUUUGUACCAACCUUAAAAUUUACUUCAUUGUCAUUGUGGAAGUAUGAAUACUUUUGAGUCUUUGCAAUGAAGUCUUUAAGGGUACAUACUUAUACGAUAUUUUUUAUCUUAGUCUAAGUAUAAUUUGAUAUUUUAAAAUGUUGCUAGUCACUAUGAAGUUUUGUUGGGAUGUACAGGAUGAUUCUUUGAACACAGGUCACACAAUUAGUUUACUAUAUAGUGAAAUAAUUAAUUUAAAAAUGUAACUUCCAUAUUUUCCAUUUUGCCAAUUUUUUUGAGAUAACAAAAUAAAUAUAUAGUUUUUUUUUAUAUCAAUGUUUUUCCUCAUCAUAUUCUGAUUUCCUUUGGCCAGUGUUCAAAGUAAUUAUGCGGUUAACAUUUUCUCCAAUAUACAGGGUGUUACAAAAUACAUAGGAAGUGGAAAGAUACGGUGUUUUGUGCACACUUUAUGCGAAAUUUCUAGUUAAUAUUGACACUUCUGAAAAGGGUCACGUGACUUUGCAAUCGUAACAGUGGGCGCGGUCUGUGGACUGCUUUUUAUUAUUGUUAUGAACAUGAAACUUAGCAUAAAGGAUAUAUACAAAGAACUUUAUCUUACUCCUUAGAUAUACCUCGUUUCUUACAACUGGAGAACUCUCCUAUUUAAAUGCAACUUUAGAACAGACAAUAAAAUGUCUUAUUA